GAUGUCUGCGCCCAGGUUGCAUUGUUUGAUGGUACUUAGUUCGGCUGUUGAGGGAGUUUCAGCCCAUUCUUUCAUUCAGGCAUACACUCUAGCAAGUUCAAAUUUCUCCAUACAGCUGGCUUCAUCUCAUGGUAAGAAUAUAGAAUAUGUUCAGCAAGAUGAUAACAACAGAAGAUGGUUUAAUGAAUUCCGAAGCAAAUCUUCUUCUACUCCAAUAGCCUUUGAAACUGUUGACUCUGCCAGAUACUCUGCUUUGUUGAUACCGUCCUCUCCAGGAGCUGUACAUGAUCUGGCAAAUAACACAGAACUCGCACAAAUCAUCACGCAUUUCAUCAAAGAAAAAAAGCCAAUAUGUGCAAUAGGAAUGGGUGUUGCAGCUCUUUGUAGUGCAAGGUUGCCUGACAGCAAGCACUGGGGAUUCAAGGACUACAGUCUAACAGGGCCCUCUGUGUUUGAACUGGCCAGAAAUCAAGAUUUCGCAUCACUUCCUGUUAUUGUGGAGGACUUCAUCAAAGAUCAUGGGGGAAAAUACAAUAGUAGUGACAUGGAUGCAGUGCAUGUGAUCAUAGACAGACAUUUAAUAACAGGACAAAAUGCCCAGUCUACAUUAAUGGCCGUACAGAACUUAACUUUAAUGUGUGCUCAAAAUAAGCAUGCAGUGACAACCAGCAGGGAUAUGAGGUGACUACUGUAUCCACUUUCUCCAGCUUAAAGUACAGAACUUGAAUUUAGUUGCUAUUGAAAAUUAGUGAAUAGCAGGAAAACUUUGCUCCGUUUUAUAAAAGCAAAGACUGUGAAAUCACUAAUUUUCGUGAGGAGUUUAAUUUUCGUUGUUUCGAUUUAUGGAGAGACCCACGAACUUAUGACCACCACGAAAUGUAAAUUUUCAUAAUUAUGCAUUACUAGUAAACAUUUUCAAUCAUGACAUCAAAUUCCCACAAACCAAUAUAUUUUUCCCAAACCUCGAAAAUUUAACUCCACGAAAAUGUGGGAUCUUUAUACAUUAAGUUCAGACUAAAACGUGAAUACAAGUAUUUGUUAUGAUUUGCAUUAAUAACAUUGAUAAUGCAUUUA